UGGGCACGUGGAAGAGUGGUUCUAACCUACGUGAACUUAUGAUUGUUAUUAUUUAAUUCGAAUUAUACAGACAAAAAUGACUUAUAAGCUUACGGUUAAUUCUAAGAGUCCUCCGACGGAUGCAUUGAUAGUAGUAGAAAUAAUCAAUUCAGAGAACAAAGACAAAAUUGUGGUGGAUUGGUGUGAUAAUUGGAAUGGUGAUGGAAAUGUACGACUAACAGAUAAAGAGAAUAAAGUAUUGGGAGAAAGAAGUAACGAUAUAGGUCGUUACUUUGCUAGAACUACACAUACAGAUCUAUAUGGAGGUGUCAGUCCUCUUGAAAGAACUGAAGUUGAUCAUUGGCUGUCCUUCACUGUAGGACCUUUGGGAUCUCUUCCAUUGAAAGAAAGUGCACUACAAUAUUUAGAUGGUGUAUUGAAGACAACCACUUGGUUGGUUUCCAAAAAGUUAACCCUAGCCGAUAUCUCUGUAUUUUGUGCACUUUUGGAUAAAGAAUUUCUAGCAAAGUUUGAGAAACAAUUUGUUAACGUAAAUAGAUGGUAUAGACAAAUGCUUUCACUGCCUGCUGUUGCAGAGGUAUUGUCUUCAGUUAAAAAGAAUGCCAAGGUUGUUAUUAAUAAUAUGCAUUCCGAGAAAGUUACUAAUAAACAAACUGGACAAAGAAAACAAGAAGGUAAAUUCAUUGAUCUGCCUGGAGCAGAAAUGGGAAAAGUUGUAGUACGUUUUCCUCCAGAAGCAAGUGGGUUUCUGCAUAUUGGUCAUGCCAAAGCAGCAUUGUUAAAUCAGUAUUAUGCUGAAACAUUCAGAGGGCAACUUAUCAUGAGAUUCGACGAUACAAAUCCCGCAAAAGAGAAUGUAGAAUUUGAGAAAGCUAUUUUGGAAGACCUGGAAUUACUACAAAUUAAGCCGGAUCGAUUUACACAUUCUUCUGACUACUUUGACUUGAUGCUGGAAUAUUGUACGAAAUUAAUAAAAGAGGGAAAAGCAUAUGUGGAUGAUACUCCCGCUAAUAUAAUGAAAGAACAACGUGAUCAAAAAAUAAUGUCAUCGAAUAGAAAUAACUCUAUCGAAAAGAAUCUUCAACUAUGGAAUGAAAUGCAACAGGGUACUCCAAGAGGUCAGGAAUGUUGUGUUAGAACAAAAAUCGAUUACGAAUCGGCGAAUGGAUGUUUACGGGAUCCAACAAUAUACAGAUGCAAACCAGAGCCUCAUCCCCGAACUGGAACAAAAUACAAGGUAUAUCCAACGUAUGAUUUCGCUUGUCCCAUUGUUGACGCUAUCGAAAAUGUUACGCACACUUUACGUACAACAGAGUACCAUGACAGAGACGCUCAGUUUUACUGGAUAAUCGACGCCUUGGGAUUGAGACGACCUUACAUAUGGGAAUACUCGCGUUUGAACAUGACCAACACGGUUCUUUCUAAAAGGAAAUUAACUUGGUUUGUUGAUGAAGGUCUAGUCGACGGAUGGGAUGAUCCGCGUUUCCCAACAGUAAGGGGUAUUCUAAGAAGAGGAAUGACCGUUGAAGGGUUGAAGCAAUUUAUAAUCGCUCAAGGUAGCUCGAGGUCUGUGGUUUUCAUGGAGUGGGAUAAAAUAUGGGCGUUUAACAAAAAAGUUAUUGAUCCAGUUGCUACUAGGUAUACUGCGUUGGAUCAUGACAAACUUGUGCCAGUUCACAUAAAUAAUGUAAAAGAAGAGUGGCUGACUGUACAGAAUCAUCCGAAAGAUCCCUCGAAAGGUACCAAACGAGUACUAACGGGUUCGUUGCUGUACAUAGAAAAGGACGACGCAGACGUCUUGGUUGAAGGUCAAAAUACAACCUUCAUUAAUUGGGGAAACAUAAUGAUUAAAAAAAUAGAAAAAGAAAAUGGGAUUGUUAAAAAUGUACUGGCACAAUUGAAUCUGGAAAACAAAGAUUACAAGAAUACAUUGAAAAUUACAUGGUUAACAGUACUGUCUAAUAAAAGUGACAACGAUAUUAGUGAAACUAAUGUAAUACCCUGUUACGCUGUGUAUUUCGAUCAUAUUAUAAGCAAACCAGUUUUAGGGAAGGAUGAUGAUUAUAAAGGUUUCAUUGCAAAGAAUACAAGAGUAGAGGUACAAAUGAUUGGAGAAGCGGAAUUGAAACGCGUGAAGAAAGGAGAAAUCAUUCAAUUACAAAGGAAAGGAUUUUUCCGAUGUGACGUACCUUAUGAAUCUGCUAGCCCAUUUUCUUCUAGAGAACAACCUUUAAUUCUGUUCCAUGUACCGGACGGACACACUACCAACACAGCGAAAACUGCUUCCACGGUACCAUUAACUAAGGAAUCUUCUCAGAAGAAUAAUACGACACAAGAUUCCAACGUAAUCAACGAAAAAAUUAUUGCUCAAGGUGAUAGAGUGCGCAUUCUAAAAUCCCAAAAAGCAGAUAAAGCUACCAUUGAUGCUGAGGUGAAGAUGCUUCUAAACUUGAAGGCCGAAUAUAAAGCGUCUACUGGGAAAGAAUGGAAGCCAUCCAGUAUCCCUACACAGAAGACACCCGAAAAAGCAACAGCUGUUGUGAGCCACGAAGCAGCAACCGAUAGCGAAAAGCUAUCCAAUCAGAUACAGGAACAAGGAAAUAAGGUUAGGCAGUUGAAAGCUUCGAAAGCAGGAAAAGACGCCAUCGAUCAAGAAGUGAAGUUACUUUUGAAAUUAAAGACUGAUUAUAAAGCUGCUACUGGCCAGGAAUGGAAGCCACCCACUGCUACAGUAGUUAAUGUACUGAAUAAGGAAACCCCUAACACUGGUCAGCUGUCGCAGAACAUACAGAAGCAGGGUGAUAAAGUACGACAACUGAAAGAGUCUAAGGCUGAUAAAAGUGUUAUCGAUCAAGAAGUAAAAAUUCUGUUGGAAUGGAAAAAUCAGUACAAAGCAUUAACUGGUCAGGAAUGGAAGUCACAGAAACCCGAAGCAAUACCUAAAAAGAAGAAAGACACCUCUAAAACUGACAAACAGAAGAGCAUUAUAAACAAAGAGAUAGUUAAAAGCGAAGGUACAAAAGAUACAGAGACUGGGAAAACUGGUACCAGAUUGGGAAUGGAAGUCAAAAAAGAAGAAAACUUCUUCGAGUGGUAUUCUCAGAUUAUUACAAAAAGUGGUAUGAUCGAGUAUUACGACGUAUCAGGCUGCUACAUUCUUCGUCCAUGGAGCUUCGCCAUAUGGAAAAUCGUGAAAGAAUAUAUCGACAAGGAAAUAACGCAACUAGGUGUUCAAGAGUGCUAUUUUCCUAUGUUUGUCACGCGAGCAGUGUUAGAGAAAGAGAAGGCGCACAUAACAGACUUCGCACCGGAAGUCGCGUGGGUCACAAAGUGUGGGGAAUCGGAUUUAGCGGAACCGAUUGCUAUCAGACCAACGUCAGAGACGGUGAUGUAUCCGGCCUACGCUAAAUGGUUAAAAUCCGACACUGAACUUCCCUUGAAGCUCAACCAAUGGAACAAUGUGGUUAGAUGGGAGUUCAAGGAUCCCAAACCUUUCUUGCGUACACGAGAAUUUUUGUGGCAAGAGGGUCAUACUGCUUUCGCCACUAAAGCUGAAGCGGAUGAGGAAGUAAUGACGAUUCUAGACAUGUACGCCAGGGUAUACGAAGAUUUGUUAGCAGUACCUGUGAUCAUGGGACGUAAAACUGAAAAAGAGAAAUUCGCCGGUGGUGAUUAUACCACCACAGUCGAGGCUUUUAUCUCGACGAGUGGCCGCGCUAUACAGGGUGCUACUAGUCACCAUCUGGGACAAAAUUUCUCGAAAAUGUUUAACAUCCAGGUGGAGGGUGCAACAGAAGCGGAUGAAAAAACAUUUGUCUAUCAGAACUCGUGGGGCUUGACCACCAGAACGAUUGGUGUUAUGAUAAUGAUUCAUGGUGACGAUAAAGGUUUAGUGCUCCCACCAAAUGUGGCUUGCAUCCAGGGUAUUAUAGUACCCUGUGGUAUUACGGCUAGUACAUCGUCGCAACAAAGAGAAUAUUUGUCUGCCGAAUGCAAUAAAUUACUGGAUGAGCUUUCACAAGAUAAAACGUUAAGAGUAAAAGCCGAUUAUCGUAGCAAUCGAACUCCAGGUUGGAAAUUCAAUCACUGGGAAUUGAAAGGUGUACCUGUAAGAAUCGAAUUGGGUCCCAAGGACUUGGAAAAGAAUCAGGUUACAUUCGUACGUAGAGACACAUCCGAGAGAGUAGUUGCGAAGAGACUGGAAGUAGUUGCAGCGUUGCAUAAGCUGUUGACUGAUAUACAAUCAAGUAUGCUUACAAAGGCAAGGCAAAAUUUGAACGAGCAUACUAAAGUAGCUGAAAAUUGGAAUGAUUUCUGUUCUGAACUCAAUAAAAAGAACAUAUUGUUGUCACCAUUUUGUGGAGAAUCAUGUUGUGAAGAUAACAUCAAGACCGAUAGCGCGCGAGAGGAUGCAGGGGAAGAGGCUGGAGCACUCUUUAUGGGCGCAAAAAGUCUUUGCAUACCGUUUAAGCAGCCAACCUCAACGACGCCUAUUGAUAAACAGAAAUGCAUCUAUCCUGGUUGUCAAAACAAACCUAAAUUUUAUACACUUUUUGGACGCAGUUAUUGAAUUCCUUUUACAAAUGCGUUUCGCAGGAAUGAACUUUAUA